GUCCAGAUGUGUUAGAAAAUUGUAAAUGGUCAUGUAUGUUUGGGGAGGUAGAAGUUCCAGCAGAGGUUAUAGCAGAUGGUGUUCUUCAUUGCCACACUGCAACACGAGGCUAGCAGGGUUUCUUUCUAUAUCAUGCACUCCAAUGGAUUAGUUUGUAGCAAAGUGCUAGAAUUUGAAUACCAAACCGUUCAUACUGAAGAUGUUAACACUGCAGAAAACUAUAAUAGCAGUGCCAAUGACAAUCUUCAAUUGCGAUUUGAUGAAUUGUUAAGCUUAAGCUCCAAGUUAACUAUUUCUGACACCAGCAGUUUGGGUGAUAUAUCCCAGUUGAGCAGUAAAAUCAAUACAUUACUUAAGGAGGACAUCUCAGAAUGGGAACAAAUGUUAAAGCUUAGAUCAGGGGAGGAAUUUUCCUCAGAAAAAUUUAAUGAGAAGCUGUUUCAGAAGCUACUGAAAGAGAAGUUGCAUGUAUGGCUCUUACAGAAGGUAGCUGAAGGUGGUAAAGGCCCUAGUGUAUUGGAUGAGGGUGGACAAGGUGUUCUACAUUUUGCAGCAGCACUUGGCUAUGAUUGGGCUUUUGAGCCUACUAUAGUUGCUGGUGUUGGUGUCAAUUUCCGUGAUGUGAAUGGAUGGACUGCACUUCAUUGGGCAGCGUCUUGUGGGAGAGAGCAUACGGUUGCUUCCCUCAUUUCAUUGGGUGCAGUUCCUGGAGCAGUAACAGAUCCAUUCCCUAAUUAUCCUUCCAGCAGAACACCUGCUGAUCUAGCCUCUGCCAGUGGACAUAAAGGAAUUGCUGGAUACCUUGCAGAGGACGCUUUGAGGGUCCAGAGUUCAUCCCUUAAUUUGGCUAAUGAAGAUGAUGAUAAAAAAGGACCCAAAGCAGUGCGGGAAAUUUCAGAAAGAAGUGUAACUCCACUUAGCUUAAGCAAUGCACCAGAUAGCCUGUCAUUAAGGGAAUCAUUGGCUGCUGUCCGUAAUGCUACCCAAGCUGCUGCCCAAACUUAUCAGGUUUUCCGAGUGUACUCCUUCCAAAAAAAGAAGUUAAAUGAGCUUGCGCUUUCACUUUUAGCAAUCAAGUCAUACAAGCCAGGACAAGGAGAUGAACUUAUACAUGCAGCUGCCACAUUCAUUCAAAAUAAGUUCCGUAGUUGGAAGGCUAGAAAAGAGUUUUUGAUAACCAAGCAGCGAAUUGUUAAAAUUCAGGCUCAUGUGAGAGGUCACCAAGUCAGGAAACGCUAUAGGAAAACAAUCUGGUGUCUAGGAAUUUUGGAGAAAGGGAUCUGGCGUUGGAGAAGAAAAAGAAGUGGUUUGAGUGGAUUUAAGCCAGAAGCAUUUACUGCAGUUCCCAAUAUGCAUGAAAAUUCCUCAAAAGAUGAUGACUAUGAUUUUCUGAAAGAAGGCAGGAAACAGGUAGAAGACAGGAUACAAAAGGAGCUUGCUAAGGUAAAGUCUAUGGUUCAGUAUCCAGAAGGCAGAGAGCAAUAUCGCAGACUGCUGAAUGUUGUCUCUGAGAUCCAAGAGAAAAAGGUUAGUGCCUCGAGUCCAAUUGAUUUUGAUGAAGACCUGAUAGAUGUUGAAGCAUUGUUAGAGCAUAUGCCUCCAAAAGCACUGGUGAGUCACUCCCCGCAAGUGCCAGCCAGGAUUGUUCUACUCUGGUGUUUGUCCCUAUAAACGCUCAAAUGACACCAAAGCAGAGACACACACUAAAUUACAUGCUGAAAUGUUCAAUAAACAACAGUAUUACUCAUAGAUGAGAAAUACUUCUGGUACAAGUCAUUCUGUGGAUAAGGGUAGUUUAGGUAUUUCAGGUUUAAACCCGGUUAUAACUUCAAAUCAAGAUUUUGAAGUUAA